UAAGAGCCUGCCGGGCUCAGCUGACGCCGCACUUCACGUGACGCUGGGGCCGGGUGGACAUGGCGGAGGCUACCGGACCUUCAUUUUGGCUGGGAAAUGAAACCUUGAAGGUGCCGCUGGCACUCUUUGUCCUGAACAGGCGGCGCCUGUGUGAGCGUCUGCGAAGGAACCCGGCCGUGCAGGCCCACGCCGUCGUGCUGCUGCAGGGCGGUGAGGAGACGCAGCGCUACUGCACUGACACAGGGGUCCUCUUCCGCCAGGUGAGCCUGCCCGGCAGCUCUCACGACCCUGUACCCUUGGUUAGGAAGGGGGUAGCCACGGAGUGUGGUCAGGUUUGUUUGCAGACCUCAUGGAAUGGAAUUUCUAAGUUCAAUGUCAACAACACCAUUCUUCAUCCAGAGAUCGUGGAGUGCCGGGUCUUUAAGACGGACAUGGAGCUGGAGGUUUUGCGAUACACCAAUAGAAUUUCCAGCGAGGCCCACCGGGAGGUAAUGAAGGCUGUAAAAGUGGGAAUGAAAGAAUAUGAGAUGGAAAGCCUCUUUGAGCACUACUGCUACUCGCGGGGUGGUAUGCGCCACAGCUCCUACACCUGCAUCUGUGGCAGUGGUGAGAACUCAGCUGUGCUGCACUAUGGGCACGCCGGGGCCCCCAACGACCGGACCAUCCAGGAUGGAGACAUGUGCCUGUUCGACAUGGGCGGGGAGUAUUACUGCUUCUCUUCUGACAUCACGUGCUCCUUUCCUGCCAAUGGCAAGUUCACCGAAGACCAGAAGGCCAUCUACCAGGCAGUGCUGCGGAGCUGCCGCGCCGUCAUGAGUGCCAUGAAGCCAGGUGUCUGGUGGCCUGACAUGCACCGCCUGGCUGACCGCAUCCACCUGGAGGAACUGGCCCGCAUCGGUGUCCUGAGCAGCAACAUCGAUGCCAUGGUCCAGGCCCACCUGGGAGCCGUAUUCAUGCCUCACGGGCUUGGCCACUUCCUGGGAAUUGAUGUGCAUGAUGUGGGAGGCUACCCUGAGGGCGUGGAGCGCAUCGACGAGCCUGGCCUACGGAGCCUACGUACCACUCGACAUCUGGAGCCAGGCAUGGUGCUCACCGUGGAGCCGGGCAUUUAUUUCAUUGACCACCUCCUGGAUGAGGCCCUGGAUGACCCGGCCCGCGCCUGCUUCUUUAACUGUGAAGUCCUACAGCACUUUCGUGGUUUUGGUGGGGUCCGGAUCGAGGAGGAUGUUGUGGUGACUGACACUGGCAUGGAGCUGCUGACCUGUGUGCCCCGCACAGUGGAGGAAAUUGAAGCAUGUAUGGCAGGCUGCGACAAGGCUUUUACUCCUUUCUCUGGCCCACAGUAGGGCCAGCUAGGAGUGCCCAGUGGAACUGGGGACCCAACCUUGCAACCUCUUUUCAGGAAGGGCAGCCUGAUUGGCCCUCCUGCUUUGAGCAGUGGUGCUUGGAAAUCACAUGCCAGCAUCAACUUUUGACCAUACCAGGUAGUGCUGUUUCCUAGGGGGAGAAACUUUGUUACCAACUUUCUGCACGAUCACACCCUGAAUAUGCUCCUACCUUGCUUAAAUGAUUUUAAAAUGCUAACUGAAAUAGUUCUGUUCUUUAGUAGCAACUAAAAUGUGUCUUGCUCUCAUUUUGUAUUCUGCUCAGGAAAGAUCUAUUUCCAGUGUUUUCUCACAAAAAUCAAUAUGCAGAAUGGAAUUUGCAAUAAAAGGUUUCCUAAAUGGUU